AUGUGGAAUGAAACGACAAAAAAUCGUGGUAAAACUCGAUAUGAAAAGAUAAAACAUUUGGGUGAGGGACAGUUCGCAAACGUCUACAAAGCAAAAGACACUGAAACUGGCGAUUUCGUUGCUAUUAAAAAGAUUAAAUUAGGCUCGCGGCACGAGGUGAUGGACGGGGUGAACCGAACGGCACUUCGAGAAAUAAAACUUCUUCAGGAACUUCAUCAUGACAAUAUUAUUGGUUUAUUGGAUGUAAUUGGGCAUAAAACGAAUAUUCAGUUAGUGUUCGAUUUUAUGGAAACUGAUUUGGAGCAUAUUGUGAAAGAUAAUUUAAUCAUUUUAAUGCCUGAACACAUUAAGAAUAUGGUACUUCAGAUGCUGUUAGGGUUGGAAUAUCUUCAUUUGCAAUGGGUUUUGCAUCGGUUCUUUCAGGAUUUGAAACCAAAUAAUUUGCUCAUUAAUAAUCGCGGUCGCAUCAAAAUCGCCGAUUUCGGUUUAGCACGCUUUUUUGGUUCUCCGAAUCGUAAUUACACACAUCAGGUGGUAACAAGAUGGUAUCGUGCACCUGAAUUGAUUUAUGCAGCACGUUCGUAUGGUGUUGGUGUUGAUAUGUGGGCUGUUGGUUGUAUUAUCGCUGAAUUGUUACUUCGAGUUCCCAUCUUCCCGGGUGAGUCUGAUCUUGAUCAACUUGUAAAGAUAUAUCACAUCAUGGGUACACCCACUGACGAGGAUUGGCCUAAUAUGAAAGACUUUCCGGAUUACGUCGAAAUGAAGCCAACAGUGGGAAUUCCUUUAAAGAGCGUAUUCACGGCUGCGAGUGAUGACCUGAUUGAGUUGAUUUAUCAGUGUCUUAGAUGCCAUAUGCUUGCGACAAUUCUGAACUACCUCUUCCGAGCUCUACGCAAAAUGCUGCCGGUUUGGGAAGAAAACGAAGAAUGGCCAGAGGAGAUGACGGCAGUCCGUCUGCGAUGA